AGAACCCCCACCUUCUGGCUGACACAGGAAGCUCUGUCACUGCUUACUGACUGUACUGUGCAGACAUGACUGGGACAAAGGGCCAGAUAACCUGCUGUAUGCUACUUCUAUUAUUUAUCUGGAUGGGAACUGCGAGUCAGCCAAGAGGUAUAGAGCAACACACUGUCAGCCCAUUAGCAGCACAUUCCCAGGCUUGCCACAGUGUCUGUGUAUUGGUAUUGUGCCAGUAUUGUAUUCCUGGGGUUCUGCUAUCCUACUCAGAUGUGCAGUUGUUAUAGUGAUUUAGUCAUAGAAAAAUAAAAUAAUGUCUCUUACUAUCAAAUUGUGGGGGUUUAUUCAAUAAACAGUGAAUUGAAAAUCAGUUUGAAUAUCCACAUUUUGGCCAAAUUAGCCAAGUGUUAGAGGGACGCUGGGCAGCCUGCUGUAGUGGUUAUGGUGUCAGGUGCCCCAUGGUUAAGAGCCAGGCCAUUUUUAGAAUCAACAGAUAUUGCAGAAGUCCUUUUUUUUUUACUUUGCAGUACAAAUUUUGGCCAUAUCCGGAAUUAAUUGGCAGAAAAUUUCACCUGAGACUCUUAUCUAAUGACAUCCAAAGAUGGGCAGAAAUGACACUUACCUGGGUUUGACUCUAAACAGUUGGACUUUGUUCUGGGACUCCUGGCACUAUAGCCACUACUGCAGACUUUGGUGGUUAUGGUGGUUAGAAUGCCCAUUUAUAAAAAAAAAAUUUUUAGAAUGUAUCCACUUAAAGAGAUACUCUGGGUACCAAUACUACUUUUAUACAUUUGAUAGAUUUUGGUGCCUGGAGUAUCUCUUUAAGUGGAGAAAUUCUCUAAUUCUUGUUUUUUUAAAAAUAAAUUUUAUUAUUGUCAUUGUAUCAAGGUAACAGCAUUAAGGCACGGAGGUAGACCCCCUUAAAGUGGUUGUUGUUUGCCAAAUAAAUGUACCUAUGUUUUUUGGGGGGAACUGAACAUGUUAUGAACUGUCAUUGGGUCAGGGGGUAAGGAAAUGUGCAAGAGGUAUACAAGUUUGUCAAAUUCUGUUAGUAAAGUCUAGUGUCCCACCAUAUUUAGGCUUCACCAGCUACUAUUGACUCUAAAUCUUAUAAGCAUUGCAACUCACUAUAGUAGUUAUGGUACCAGGACACGUCAGUUUCUAUUCCACGGUUCUAUUUCAAAAUGCUCGUGAUUUGACACAAACCGAGUUCCCAUGGCCCCAAUCCCCUAAUCAAUAUAUUACUAUUGCAGAAGCAAGUACCAUUUCACAUUCGCAACAAUAAUUUUGUUUUAAACUGAACAUUAUUCUUUAGCUAAAUAUGUCCAUGCACUGUCAACGAAUGCCAUUCAAAUAUGAAUUGAAGUUGUUAUUGCUUAAAGGACCACUAUAGGCACCCAGACCACUUCAGCUUAAUGAAGUGGUAUGGGUGCCAGAACCAUCUAGGAUUAACCCUGUCAGGAAGACAGCCACUAGAGGUUGGAUUAACCCUGCUAAGUAAACAUAGACGUUUCUCUGAAACUGCUAUGUUUACAUCUGAAGGGUUAAAACCUGAGGGACCUGGCACCCAGGCCACUUCAUUGAGCUGAAGUGGUCUGGGUGACUAUAGUGUCCCUUUAAGUAUAACUUCUGCAAGAGCAAUAUACCAAGCAAGGGGCAUCCUGGGGUCUCAAAAACAGUUUGACGUGACACAAAUCUGGGAGCAUCACCAAGGGCAUGCUGACACCAAAAUUACUAUUGCAGACUAUAGUGGUUUCAUGCUUAGAGCAGGCCCUUAACCCCUUAAGGACCAAACUUCUGGAAUAAAAGGGAACCAUGACAUGUUACACAUGUCAUGUGUCCUUAAGGGGUUAAAGGACCACUAUAGUGCCAGGGAAACAAACUCGUUUUCCUGGCUCUAUAGGGUCUUUAGGUCCCCCUCACCCUCCGGGUCCCACUCCCACUGGGUUGAAGGGGUUAAACACUUACCUUUGAGAUUGUAUCGCUAGCCUGAAUUAGGUCUUCUAUAUUCUACAUAUUUGUAGGUAUCAGAUUACCUGUAAGUAGGUUGCUUGCCUUGUAAUUUGUGUUUUUAUUUUAUAGAGGUUUUCCUAUGGAUGGCAAAAUUUGCCUUGUUCACCUGUCUUCUCACGUUGUUGAUAUCGGUUCUGACUCCUUGGAUUUCUUCCUUUCGUCAGUCCAGAGAGGAACAUGUAGGUAAGAUUUUGCAACACAUCUGAAUACUGUAAUUAAGACGAUUGGGCAAACCUUCAAAGGGAGUGUUGUCAGGGACACAACUUGCCACAGUGGCAACAGCCACAAUGGGCGGGCUGCCUAGGAAGUAGGUAUGUCUGCUCAUUGGAGGGGCCAUGCCAGCCUGGCCCCCAUGCAGAGAGCAAUGCUGAAGAUUUCAGAGUACCCCUAACCAGGGCCGGCCUUAGGUGUUCAGGCGCCCUGUGCGAAACAAUCUUGUGGCGCCCCCCCCCUCACCUGUCUCUGUUUGGACCCCUUCAAACUAUUUUAGGAGCAUUCACAAUCUGUUGCCUCCACCCCCUUCUACAAAACCACUGCACCUCUUAACCAAAAUCCCUGGCCAGAUCUUCACCAAGCCCCUGGCCACCACUUCAUCAAACUCCUGGCCACCCCUUCCCCUUCAUCAAUGCCCUGGCCAUCCCUUCGUCAAACUCCUAGCCACCCCUUACCCUUCAUCAAUCCCCUCCCACCCCUUUAUCAAUUCCUGCCACCCCUUCAUCAGUCCCCUGCCCCUCUCAUCAAUUCCCUCCCACCCUUUACUCAGCCCUCUGCCCCUAUUCAUCAGCCGCCUGACCCCCUAAUCAAUCCCCUCCCACCCCUUUAACAGCCCUCUGCCCCAUUCAUCAGUCCCCUGACCCCCUCACCAAUCCCCUCCCCCUUUUAUCAGCCCCCUGACCCCCUCAUCAGUACCCUCCCACCCCUAUCACCCACCUGCCCCCCUUUAAUCAGUCCCAUGCCCCCUUUUCAACCCCCUGCUCCCCUUCAUCAGCCCCCUUAAUACAUCCCAUGCCAAAUAAUCCAACCCCUGGCCACCCCUUCAUCAGUCCCCUGCCCCCUCAUCAAUUUCCUCCCACCUAUUUAUCAGCCAUCUGCCCCCUUUAAUCAGCCCCAUGCCCCCCUUUUCAGUUUCCUGCCACCCUUUAUCAGCCCCCUUAAUAAAUCCCCUGCCAAUUAAUGCAAUCCAUGCCACCCCUUCAUCAAUCCCCUGCCCCCCUUAAUUAAAUUCCUGCACCUCUUCAACAAAACCUAUUUAAUAAAAAAGAAAAAAAAAGUCACUCACAGUAAAGGCUGCUGCUCCCUGGACUGAGCUGUCUCCGCCGAUUGAAGAGCACCGGGUGCCGCCUUCACUCACUGAAUUGGAUCCUUCCGCGGCUCCCUCUGAUGACAGAGCACGUCGACGUUACGCAAGUACGCGGCAUAACGCCCCCACGCUCCUCCUCCACCCUCCAUACAGAAGUGGAUUCCCGGCGGCGGCUCUCUGCUCAUAAUUUGCAAGUCAAGUGCAAAGCAGUAUUAUGCACUUGACUUGCACUUUAAAUACAGAACUCGGCCGGCCUGCGAGCUGUGUUGGCCGCCCGGCGCCCCUGUUGCCAUGGCGCCCUGUGCGGCCGCACAGCUCGCACACCCCUAAGGCCGGCCCUGCCCCUAACUGUGGCAGUGAGUUGGUCUAUAGACUGGCACAAUCCAAUAGGUUUUAAACCCCUGGAUUAUUAAUUAUUAUUAUUUAUAAAGCGCCAACAAGUUCCAUAGCGCUGUACAAUGGGUGGACUAACAGACACGUAUUUGUAACCAGACAAUUUUGACUCACAGGAACAGCGAUUGAGGGCCCUGCUCAAUGAGAUUACAUGCUAGAGGGAGUGGGGUAUAGUAACACAAAAGGUAAGGGUAGAAAAUUAGGUUGCUAGGAUAGUAUUUAUUGAGGGCUUAGUGUUUUGUUUUGAUGACAGUUUCAGGAGAGGCAUCAGGAUGCGGGGAGAGAAAGCUGUUCACAGUUUAAUUGAUGUGCUUUCCUGAAGAAGUAAUUUUUCAAAGAUUAUUUGAAGGAGUGGAGACUGGGUGAAAGUCUAACAGAGAGGGGAAGGGUGUUCCAUAGGAAUGGUGCAGCCCUAGAGAAGUGUUUAACGUGAGCGUCAGAGGUAGGAAUACGAACAGAGGUUAGACGUAGGUCUCCGGCAGAGCGUAGGGGCCUAGAUAAUACAUAUUUGUGUAGGUCUGAGCAGCAUUGUGUAGGUAUUUAUAAGCAAGUGUCAGGAUCUUAAAUGAAUUAAUGGAUAUUAACUAUUAAGAAGAUAUGUCCCCUCCAACAGCAUGGGAGUUUUUAAAUCUCUCUGUAGUUAAAAGAGAGACCUAUUGACCAUCAUAUCCUUAUAUUUGAUUAAACUGUUGAAUGUGAGGGCUGACUAGCAAGUACUGGCUACCUGCCACAUGGUUAUCCCUGACUCCGCUGUGUUUUUGUUUAAAGGGAAACUCCAGUGCCAGGAAAACAAUCCAUUUUUCUUGGCACUGCAGGUCCCCUCUCCCUCCCUCCCACCACCCAUCCCCCGGUAGCUGAAGGGAUGAAAACCCCUUCAGGUAACUUACCUGAGACCCCGCCGAUGUCCCUCGGCGGUGGUUUCUGCUUGCCGCCGCUCCUCCGAGUGAUUCCGUCAGCUGGUGGGUGAGACUGAUCUUGCCCGCCGGCUGAGGAGACCUAAUGCAGUGUUUUCAUUACAGCCUAGUGAUAACUUCACUGGCCACUCCUUAGAUGGCUGUUAGAGAUCCUUCCUGGGUCAUGGCUGCCUAAAAUGCAUCCAAACAUUCAGUAUCUUCUCCCUCUGCAUGCAGACACUGAACUUGAACACAUUGAUUCAAUUAAUCUCUAUGAGGAGAUGCUGAUUGGCCAGUGCUGUGUUUGAAUUGUGCUGGCUCUGCCCCUAAUCUGCCUCUUUGUCAGUCUCAGCCAAUCCUAUGGGGAAGCAUUGUGAUUGGAUCAGGCUGCCACUUCUGCAGCAGGCAGUGGGCAGAUCUAAAGGAAACAGGGACAAAAUAUGCAGCUGCAGACUUGAAUACAAGUAAGUUUUACUAUUUUUAGGGAGGCAUGACGGGGCCAGGGGGACUAGAUCGUGGUUUUAACCCUAUAGGGUCAGGAAUACAUGUUUGUGUUCCUGACCCUAUAGUGCUCCUUUAAAUAAGAGAAUCAGCCAACAGAAAGUGGCUUCUCAUGUUGGUGGGGUAUAUUUAAAUUCUGCCUAUUUGCUGUUUUUUAUAUAAAUAUAAUUUUAAAAAAUUUAAAUCUAUGCAAAAUUAUAAUCUAGGGUGCACUCACGGUUUUCCAUUGACAAAAUGUGAUUUACUGUAAUAUAAUUACAUCUGAGGAAAAAAAAAUUGUUUCGGCCCUGGCGGGUCUUUAUUAAGAUCUUAAAAAUGACCUGCCAGAGUCGAACCUUCGAUAUUUUUUUAUUUCUUUUUUCUCAGAUGUAAUUAUAUUACAAUAAAUCUAAUUUUUUUUCACUGGAAGACCCGUAAGUGCACCCUUGAUUAUAAUUUUGCUUGUAUAUGACGCAGGCGGAACCCGGGCAAUUGUUUGUCUAAGUCCUGGAAAGGACAGUGCCAAGCUUCUACAAUUUAUUUAUAUAUAUAUAUGUAAAUGAAACCUGCCAAGAAUAGGGUACAUUGACAUUGUGGCAGGCAGAUGCAAUGUAUGAUCAUAUACUGUAACUAAACCCUCAUUAUUUUUUGCCUGCGUGAGGUGUUUUUUUAAAUAAAACUAUUCUAAUAUGAGACUUGAAGUUGCUGUUUAGUUAAUGAGCGAGUGCGUGGAGUUUGCAUGAUAUAAAUAUAUUAUUUCUUAUCUGUGCUGUCUUUAACUUACUCGUUGCUAAGCCUGUUCUCCCUUGUUGCUUUGUUAGAAUUCUCCGUACCAGAAGAAGAAAAGGACAAGCAUCAAAAGCUUGUAAGAAGAGACCAGCAGGAGCAGUUAAGCCAAAAGGUAAUUUAAGGUUUAAUAGGAAAAAUGUAUCACUUAGACUAGGGAUAUAUACUGUAUAGUGCAAAAGACCAUUUGAUGCACAGAAUUAUAUCUCACUCGUCAUAUUUUCCUGGCCUUUAGUUACAGCUUUCCAUCAAGUUAUUAUUUCCUAUCUAGUCAGCUGCGAGGAACAUAACCCACAACCUUUUUAAAAAGGGGAACAAUGGGGAGGGGGGGGCAGAGUCUGACCGCUGAUCGGAUCAGACAUGCUUCGCCUGAGCUCCUGCAACUGAGCCAGAAAAUCGGAGCUACCUGCUUGCAGCAAGCAGAUACUGAUCUAAAUCGGUGAUCAUAUUUCUCCUCAGCCGACGGUGAACUCAGGGAUACCCUAUAGGACCCCAUACGGAAUCGAAGUAACCUGAUUGAGGCCCAAAGGACUACAAGAGCUCUCCACACCGGUGCUUUGCUGUCCCCACCCCAGUUCUCCGACCGGUGCUUUGCUGUCCCCACCCCCUCUGGACAGGCGGGGGUCAUCCUGGUCCCCACGGGCAACCACCACUGCAUACAGCUGCGCUUCAGCACUCGUCCUGCCGAGAAUCAUGGACCGGGUGGUGUACCCCAAGAUGGCUGACUACCAAUUGCCUUGUUCACUGUAUGGUGUGGGGACCGAGUGGAGCACAUGUGAACUUGGGCUACAACACAUGGCAAAGGCGCACAAAAGCUUCUGUGACAAGUUCUCUGCCCACCUUGCGACGCCUAAAGCACCGGCUCCAGAGAAUAUGCGGAGACAAGAGAGGUGGGAGACGAGCGGGACCCCCCGGGGCGCUCCUCCCACAGUAAUGCUACACCCUCACACAAUGGGCCCACCCAGGCUGAAGACCGCCAGGGAUACAAUCCCGAAGCAUCGGCCAUCCAUGCGGAGGAUCCGAUGCCGCAGGUUGUCGAUUGUCCACCGUGAUCCAAAGCUGUCCCUUGCAAGGGAAGAACUCUGCCUCCCAUAUGAGCAACCAGGUUCGUGGUCAAGAGGUGCAGGCCUUCAUGACGGCCAGGGGCUAUGGGGAGGACAUACCUGGACUCUGCCUGUUGUCAUCACGCCACCCCCUAAGCCUGUUAGCGAGCCGGGACUUUGCACCCUGAAUGCGCAGAAAGCUGGCGAGACUGCCCACAAGUUGGACUAUCUACCUGAAAUCGGAAUGCCUGUCAGUUUCUCUAUUCCUGCGCAUGAUUUUGCUCACAGGGAGCUCGGAUACCUGUGUCUUGGUGACUUGGUAUAGCGUAUAUGUUUAAGUGUUUGAAUGAGGAUGGGCACCUGAAAUGGCAGCUUGCCGAUGCAUGAUUUGUCUGUUAGCAGAUAUGAAACAUCACAUGGCAGAUGCACACGCGAGGUAUACACCUGGCAUAGACAAACACCAGCUCAGAAGGGCACAUACAUACUCGCCGCACCCACCGUCAUAGCUGUAUUGGGGACACAGGGCCCGAUUAAUGUUACACACCAGCGUAUGCUGUGAGGUGAAAACUGUGGCUUCUUAAGCCCAUUACUCUACCAUGUUAUAAAUGCAAUUAGCACGCACCCGCACAUAUCUAGCCUGCAAUACUUAGUUCAUCGCUUGUACCAGCUUUUUCGUACACCCGAGGACACCAGGCAUGAUAUAUUGUGUUUAAUAAUACACUGUUCAGGCAUACCUUGCUAGUUUAAACGUGCACCAUCAUAACAAAGUGGCUGACUCGCUUAGGAGUUUCUCAUGUUUAAAGUUAUUGUACACGUCUCUUUUCUCUCUGCUUUAACUCCUUUCAUACCUUGUUUCUAAUAUUAUAAAAUUGUGCAUGUCUACUUUAUUACCCCAAUUAUAAUGCGUGAUGCUUGGCUUGAGGAUUGCCGUUGGGAUACCUCAAACUUGUCUGUUAUCUCUUAUGCACUGCAAAAAUACAAAAUUUAAAAAAGGGGAACAAUCGCUUUCCAGAUUUUUUUUUUAUACUAUUCCUACAUUUAACAAUCUGUGCUUGUAAGAUGUGAAAAAUAGGAUACUAUGGGCACUCAGAUAAAUUCAGCUCAUUGGGUGCUGUGUCCCAGGACCCUUAACCCUGCUAAGGUAAUUAACGCAGUUUUUGAGAAUCGGCAAUAAUUACCUUGCAGGGUUAACUCCACCUCUAGUGGCUGUUUACCAGUCAGCCACAAAAGGGGCUUGCGGGUCGUUGGAUGACUUUUGGUCGUCUAAAUGAAGCUGAAUGUCUUCACACUAUGCAUGAGGACAUCCAGUGUCACCAGAACCCCAAUCGGAAAGGGAGGCCGUGCUGCGAGGGGAAGUGGGGCGUGCACCGAGGGAGGGGGGCACUGUAGAGAGCUAUAUUGUCAGGAAAGCACUAUAGCAUAUAACACUGGCACUUCCCUUUUAAAUUCUGCAGUUGAAUGCCUCCAUCUUAGGUCCCUCCUGGAGGUUGUUAGAAGCUCUGCUGUUUGCACCUGGCAAUCAGCAUAGAUAAAUCAUCUAAUUUUUAUUUUACUUUGUGUUGGUUGUUCAAUAUAAAAAUAUAAAAUAAAGUGUAGAAAUCCACACUUCUUUAUCCUGUAGAUGGCAUCUCCAACGUCACCUUCUACCAAUCAUUGUUAUAAGCCCUGGAAGUCAACUGGAUAGUGAUGUAAUUUGCUAAAUCAUUCAUGUAAUUUUGAAGAAAGCAAAGUAUUGCUAAUGGGCGAUGUUCAAUAUUUUUGUUUUCAAGAGAGGUUUAUGGGGGUUGUUCACUAAAGGACUAUUUCUGCUGGUCAAGGUUAUAAAAAUAAUCUGGAACCAUGCAAGGGCUUUCCAGCUGCAAAAUCUGGAUGUUGAUCACAGUAUUUAUCAAUGUCCCGAUUCUCAUUACUGACUCCAAAUCAACAUGAAUGUAGUCCAGAUUUACAUUCUGUUAAAAAGUAAUCCUUCCAGAGUGUGUUGGGAACUGCACUCACUCCCAUCAAUCUGAGCCAGGGUGCUUAGCUGUACCAGAACACCAGAUUCCCAUAAAAGUAGUAUAGUAAAGGAAAGAGGUCCAGGUACUCCUUGGUUCAAAAUAGGUAAUUUAUUAGAACCACAGCAACGUUUCGACCUUCUCUGUCUUUUUCAAGCCAAGCUAGCCUUCUUUGCAGGCAGAUGGUGGGCAAUUCUAAUUCAAACAAAUAUUACAAGUCUGCAAUUAUCACCAUUAUGAUGUGGUUCACUUGAGUAAAAGGUCAAAUGUAUGGAGCAGUCCAGAAUACCCCAAUUAUAAAAACCAAGUUACUAAAAUGUAUAUCAUAUCAAUACUUUAUAUUAUUAUUUUUUUUUUUAAAUAUAUUAUUAAUGGCUUUUUUCCAGCCUCUAAGGCCACUUCUGCUUUUAGAAGUGGUCAUGGAUUAAAACACUUGCAUGUGCAGGAUUUCUGAUUUAAGCUCUGUUCCAGGCUGCGUAAUUUUUGGUCUUGUGCAAAAAUAACACUACAAGCUGGUGCCAGAUGUAAUCAGCUUCUGCUUGUAGUUUGUGUGUACUCUCCCCUCCUCAUUAAAUUUUAUUCAUAUGCCCUUUUAUGUGUUUUAAAAGCCCACCCUUUGUCCACCCCACACUCCCUUCCUCCCUACUCUCUUCAGCUCAGAGUAAGCGCAUGCACUCUGAGCCAGAAGAUCUGUCCAAUCAAAUGCUUCUCUGUGAAAAAGCAUUUGAUUGGACCUCAGAGAGGGAAGACAUGACCCUGCAUGACGAAGGACAAGGGCGUGGCAAUGCUCCAGGAGAACCUCGCCCAGUGUUGGAUUUAAGGUAAGUUUAAUUCUGUUUUAUAGACUCUGUAAUUAGAAAAGGGGUGGACAAAGCUACUUGUGCCUAGUAAGGGUAAUAUACAUUUAAUAAAAAAAUGUUAUGGUGAAAAAGGGUUGGACACUGUAGACACCCAGCUCACUUCAGCUAAUUGAAGUGGUCUGGGUGCUGUGCACUUAGUGCUGCAAUGUAAAACAUACCAGACAGCCACUGGGGGUGCUUCCGGAAUCCAAAUGGACUUUUGAUCCGUUAUCUGAUGCUGGAUGUCCACACGCUCUGCAUGAGGACCUCCAGCGUCAGAUUUUUCCCAUAGGCAAGCAUUGAAUAAUGUUUUCCUAUGGGGAGAUCUAAUGUGCACGCAGCCAUUGCCGCGCAUGCGUAUUAGGUCUCCCCCGCCAGCUGAUGUCGGCUGGGGAGCAGCGUGGGCGGAGCCUGACCCAGCGCCGAGGGACAUUCAGUCCCUGGAUUCAGGUGAGUGGCUGAAGGGGUUUUAACCUAAAACGGCUUUGUUUUCCUGGCAUUAUAGGAUGCAUUUACUUUUUAUUAUAUAUUAAGUCUGUGCCCACUGGCUGACUGCACUGCCACUGGGCAAAUACAACAGACCUCUGAACUCUGAAUUUUUACCUUUAAAAAUCAAGUUCAUUUAUUUAUCAAAAUGGACUGUUAACAAAUUUGUUCUGAGUGUAAAUGUCAAUUCUAAUGGCAAAAUUGUCCUUUCUUCCCUUUUUAAUUGACGUCAUGGCUGUUCUCUGUCAUCUUUAGGCAAGUUAUUACAUUGAGAACUUUAUGAAGCCACGUGAGGAAUUAAAACUUAAAAGGAAGAUGGAACAUUACUACAAGAUGACGGGCCAGAGCUGGAAACUGACUGAAGGGCAAAGACUAGGGGUAUUGUAAGAAACAAUUUAAAUGUAACAUGCAACUGGAGGAAACAACUGCCUCCAUUAAAGGGACAAUCCACUGCCCAAAUACAAAAUAAUUAAAAAUCACCGUUUAGUAGAUGAAUGAAAUGAAAACUUGCAUGCAUUUAAUUAUCUAUUUUCUCAAUGGGGAUAUAUCUAAAAACAGCUUGCAAAACCUGCAGUUCUCUUGUCUGCUGCCUUUGCCAUCCCUCCCCUUCUAACCCCGCCCAGACUUUAUGUGGCUGUCCAAUCACAGACAUCCCAAUACAGCUCAAUAAGAAGUCUUUGUAAGUCAGGUGCUCUGGGCAAUUGCUGCCUCUUGAGGUCAGCUGUAUUGAGCUAACAAAACCAGGAAGUAACAUUAUCUCUUGUCUGCUUGAAAGCCAAGGGGUUGUAACUGGGUUAAUUUAUCAAAGUGUCAAUUUGUAUUUGAAUCUGCACUUUUUGCAAAAUGAAAAAAGAAGACACAUUUUUCACACACAAAGCUUUUCAGCAAGCUAAAGUUGUUUUGGGUCCUGGAGCGACCCUUUAAUUCAGCUUAUCUCGUAAUAGAGAGAAGAACUUGGGAGAUAGAAUAGUUUUGAUCUACUACGAAUUAUAAUGCAUGAUGUGAGUGAAACUGUGCAGUAUAAGGUUUCUGAUCGGUGGCAAACCCCACCACAUACACAUCAAAAUAGCAACUAUUCUUAAUUCUGUUCUUCUUCUGUUAAAGGAACACUCCAAGCAUAAAAGAACUGUAGUGGCUAUGGUGCAGGACUAUCCAGGCCCCCCUUUAUUUUAAGUUUUCGAAAGGUUUGACUUCUCACCUGGGGUCACAGGGUGCUGAUCAUCACCUCAACUACUGAUGAUGGAGCGCAGAGAGCUCCUUAGCAGGAGCUUUAGUUAGCUGUCCUGGUCUAAGACAGGGCUUGAUCAUUGGCUUAGAGCCAUGCUGUAGUGGUUAUGGUUCCUUUAAUUAUAUUCUGGAAUUGGAGCUGGGGAGUGAAACAGCGAAACUAUCCACUUCUCUACCAGUGUAUUAUUAAGGGAGAGGGGCUAUAUCAAGGAUAACAACCACAAAAAGCAGUCUAACAUGCUAAGAAAAAAAACAUCACGUUAUAUACAUGAUCCUUGAUGGUUAGACAUGUGUUAUGUUGUAAAAUAAUGCUGUCUUGGGGUGUCCACAACCUCUCAAUGUAGUUUCUUUUUGUUGAUUUUUUUUUUCUCAAUAGACACUUUUUUUUUAAUUUCUACAUACACACAACAAAGAGCUCAAUAUAAAUGGAUAACUAUUGGGUCUUAAAGAUAAUUUUUUGUAUCCAGGCAGACGAAGAAGACGAUGCCAUGAAUAUCGAUAGUGAUGGAGACGGCAGUAUUGCAAAAACGCCAAAUCAAGAAGCCUUAAGGAAAAGAAAACUCCCAGAGCAUGUAAAAAUGCACAUCCCAAAACCCGAGCAGCCGAAACCGAAGAAGGUAUUACAUGUUUCAUUCAAGCUGCUAUUGUCAGUGUGUUGGAUGAGUUUGGAUCCACAUUUUGGUAUAUUCCUUUUGUUUAUUUCUUGAAAACCAGAAGUAAUGAACAUCAUAUGCCUAUGUACUUUGACAUGCAAAUGGUUAGAUCAUCUAUGUGAAUAUCUAAAUCUGAAUAUCUCUUUAUCUCAAUAAUUGAACUAUUGACAGGUCAUUACUCUGCCUGAAGAACCUAACGAACUGGAAGAGGGAGUAAGUAAUUUAUCCUUAAGUUUUUGUGUUCGACAUGUUAUGAAGUUGUGUGUUUUUGUUUUUUGUUUUUUUUACAUACUAUGAAGUUACUUUUUUCCCCGGCAUACUAUGAAGUUAAAUGUUUUAAAUCUUAAAGGGACACUAUAGUCACCCAGACCACUUCAGCUCAAUGAAGUGGUCUGGGUGCCAGGCCCUCCAGGUUUUAACCCUUCAGAUGUAAUCAUAGCAGUGUUUACAUUGCAGGGUUAAACCAGCCUCUAGUGGCUGUCUUCCUGACAGCCGCUAGAGGCGCUUCUGUGACGCUGAAUGCGAAAAUCGCAUUGAGCACGCAGAACGUGCAUAGGAAAGCAUUGAGAAAUGCUUUCCUAUGGGCGUUUUUAAUGCGCGCGCAGCUCUGGUCGCGCAUGCGCAUUCCACUCCACUCGGGAGCUGACUUCAGAGUGGGAGGAGAGGUCACCAGCGCCAAGGGAGCCCGGCGCUGGAUUAAAGUGAGUAACUGAGGGGGUUUUAACCCUUCAGCGCCAAGGGAGGGGGGAACUGAGUGGGGGGGGGACCUAAGGGUUAUAUAGUGUUAGGAAAACUAGUUUGUUUUCCUGACACUAUAGUGAUACUUUAAGUAGCUUGGUGCUAUCUAUGCAGUGCUACAUAAUUAUGUUCUGUUUAAUCAAUUAAGCUGAUGUAAUACUAAUUUUAAAUACUAUUUUAAAAGCAUAUCCCUUUAUAUCACAAUAUUUAGUUGUUCUGAUGUUUAAACAUUUCAGUUAAAAAUAAUCAUCAAAUAAUUUUUCUUAAUUCACAAUUUAGUUCAUAUAAUAAACAUAAAGGUUACUGAAAGAAAAAUAUUUUAUUAUAUUUUUUGUUGACCACUUGUGUACAACAAAGAAUAGAUAAGAUUUUAAUCCAUGUUUAAAAUGGAAUGAGGCAAAAAUGUGAUUCUUUGUUAACUAAUUUGCAUAUGCCCACCCGGAAUCCUUUGCGGUUGUGACAUCACUGCUGAUUUGGGAUUUCUGUGGGAAAAGCAAGUCUUAUGGCUUGACUGAUGUGCAGAUUUUUGUUUAACAUUGCAUUAACUAUCCACAGGCUUCAGGUGGAAGAGGUUUUCAAUCACAUUUUUCCCCCACCAUAGCCUUUUUGACUAUUUUGAUUAGCUUUCAUUUUAUUUUUAUGCACACAGCCGUGAGCCGUACCACUAGAAAUAUUGUCGUUUGAUUAGUCUGUUUCUCAUUAGCUUUACCAUAUUUUUCCAGGCCUGCCAUAGUCAGUGUUAACAUAAAAAGGGAAAAAAAGUUCAGAAUAUUGUGUGUUUUACAGUGUUUUGUUGUUGUCUUCUUUGUGUACCCUGAUGACUUCUCAAUGAAAGAAACAGAUCAAAUUCGUAUCUUGUAAAACCUUUUUUAUUGGACUAACAGAAUUUUGUAAUGACAAGCUUUCGGGAGAACCUCUCUUUCUCAAGUAUUAGAAAAAUUCCCAAGUUCAGCUUAGUUUUCAGUUCUGCUUUUUUGACCUAAAAUGUGGAAUUCACUCAAUUCUCACUUUAGUUAACCUAACACAAAUAUGUUGGUGGAAGCCCGUAGUUCAUUCAUUGUACCAGCUGUAUGUUAGCCAAGGUUACUUGUUGUAUGUACAGGACUUUAUCAUUUUCAAAUUUAUACGUGGACGCCUACUUUUGAUGCAGACCAGCCAAAGUAGUAAUUGCACAGAUUGCCUCUACAGUGUAACCAACCAACUUUGUUUUAUUUGUACUCAGGUAGUGACGGUGGCUUUGAGGUGUCCCAGUGGGCGUGUUUUUAAAAGAAGGUUUUACAAAAUCUGCAGUUCCCAUGUAAGUACAACUCGGACGUUUUUUUAGUUUAGAUUUGUUUUAAUUGAAUUUUACAAUUAGCCUGACUUUUCCAGGCAGGAUUUCAACUUGCUACAAUUCAAAAUGUUGUGAAUUGCCCUGUAUAUCACUCAAUGUAGUCUUUGUUCACUGUUGUUUUAUAUAAAACUGUUUUAGAGCAGUGGGAUGGCAGUUAUAGGCUAGAGUGCUGGACUCAGCCGUCCUCAACUUGGGUUUAGAUGGCCAUCUGAGGUUGUAUAGAUAUUGUGAAAUUUCAGCUGAUAAUGAGGAAUGUAACGGAACCGCUGGCACCCUGACCAGGUACCUUCUGUUGAUGGAUGCUCCUAGUGCUUUCCAAGGACUCCAAGCACUCCGCCAGACACCAUAACCACUGUAGACUCCCACGAACCACCACAGCUUGGUUGGGGUCUCGCCGUCUCCACCCACUCUGGACCCAAGACCAGGGUCCAGCUUCCAGUAGGUCAACCUCUCCGAAUUCCAGAGAGCAGGAACAGGAACAAGCUCUUAGCAGAGCUUAGUGAUUAUACCCUGGGGAGUAUAGUGAUUAUAGCAAUCCCCAGAGUGUAGUUCUCCAAUCCCCCAAACAUGAGCCGAAACUUCAUGAAGGUACAAGAUGAUUUCAAUCCAAUGAGCGUUUAUUACUCCUUAUAUACAAGUUUUCAGGCCAGAGGCACACCCCCUGGACCUGGUGGUAAACUGUGACAAAAGGGACACAAACCAAUGGGAACACUAAUUAACACAAUAACACUCCCACAUACACAAUGAAAUCCCUCCUCUAAUUGGCACUGCAGUAAACUCAAUUAUCUCCAGGUACAGAAAAUAUCUACAUUUUUACACUAACAGCAAAAAUACGUAAAAGUACAUAAAAAUACAUAAUUCUUAUUAUAUUACACAUACUUUUUCCACCUGCACUGUGAAUGUUUACAUGGUGUGUUCAAUAAAAACAUGGCAACAUUUCAUUCUUUGUGUGUUAUUAGUUUAAGCAGACUGUGAUUGUCUAUUGUUGUGACUUAGAUGAUGAUCAGAUCACAUUUUAUGACCAAUUUGUGCAGAAAUCCAUAUCAUUCCAAAGGGUUCACAUACUUUUUCUUGCAACUGUAUAUGGAAUGCCACAACAAUUAAUAAAACCUGUGGCACGUCGCUUAAACAGCCCGGGCUUGAAGAUUAAGUGCUACUGUAGUGUCAUCAUCAGGAAGACCUAGCAAUAGCAAUUGAGAACCCUGGAGGGACUGAAAGUAAAUUUAGCUAUGAUUUGGGCCGAUGGGCAAUUUACCUCUUAUUCCCUAAAUGCAGUUCCACUGUCCCUAGUUGUGGGUAUGGUAACGUCUAUGAUGAGUAAGUCAGGGAACCCACGUGUCUUGUAUAAUAUUUAGAACAUCACAAAAGUUGCGUAAGGAGCGUAAUAUGGAAUACCUAUGGAUGCAAUAAAUGCACUGUAACAUAUGUGUAUCAGGCUGGGAGCGAUAUAGUGAAAUAAGGAGAAUAACGUUCCUAAUGCGAAAAUAUGUCUGAUCGUAAUUAUUCGUAUGAAGGAGAGAUACGUGUAAAGGACCUAAAUGAUAUGCACGUAACGAAAUUAGCCUUAAAGGGACACUAUAUAGUCACCAAAACAACUUUAGCUUAAUGAAGCAGUUUUUGUGUAUAGAUCAUGACUCUUUUUAGUUUCACUGCUCAAGUCUCUGCCAUUAGGAGUUGAAUCACUUUUGCUUCUGUUCAUGCAGCCCUAGACACACCUCCCCUGGCUGUGACUGACACAGCAUGCAAAAUGGUUUCACUUUUUAAUCAGAUGUAACUUAUUUUAAAAGUUUUUAUCUCCUGCUCUGUAAAUUGAACUUGGAUCACACACAGGACACCCCUGCAGGGUCUUGCAAGCUAUUAACAUAGCAGGAGAUAAGACAGUUGAACAGUAAGACUUCAGGUGCAUGAUUUAUACACCAAGACGGCUUCUUUAAGGUAAAUUUAGUUUUGGUGACUAUACUGCCGCUUUAAUGCUGUUCCAGCUCCAAUUUUUUUAGGAAUCAUGCCUAUAAUUCAUUAAUAGCAGUCAUAAAUUUAUGUGUAAGCAAUAUAUUUAAAUGACGUAACUAAAAUUGUUAUAAGAGGGUAAGAAUCGGGUGUCUACUGCCGAUACGUAUUUAAUUGUAACAGCAGUGUUCAUGCUGACUUGCCUUUAGUGUGCGUAUAUGCACUACGAGUGUGCAUGUACAAAUUGUUCUACAAGUGUAAAGGCAUGGGCCAAACAUAAGGCUGAUUUAAAAUGAGCCAAGAAAAUGUAUGAACCGGUUCCGCAGUUCCUCCCCAGAAGUUAUGGCCUAAUGGCGAAAUGAAAUAAAUUUUAUAUAAACAGUAUAAGAAUAUACCUUGCACACUUGCCAAACUUUUUUUGUUUGUGCUGGAUGCUAAAUAUUGUCCUUUAAAUACAAUGCAGCAAAAAUAUGUAUCUGCACUCACGAUCUUGUAGAAAGGUCAAUCUUUAUUCCUAGACAUAGAAAUGAUCUGCCACUCAGGCAUAUGCUAUUGUGGAUGGGUUCUCUUUUUAUUACUGGGACAUUCUGAGAUGUCACCAAAGCUAUCAGAGGAAGCUUGUAAUGUAUAUUGAAUGUUCAAGAAUCAUUCGGGUAAAGAUUGGGAAGUGAUUUAAGAUGAAUGGUUUUUUUAAGUCAUUGUGAAUUUUGUUUUCUUUUGGAUUGGCAGCAUAAAAAGUUGAACUCAAUGGAUUUGAGUCUUUCCUAACCUAGAUUGCAAUAUAAUCUACUGACCAUGCUGCUCUUUCCAUAGUUAAAAUAAGAACUGUUCAUUACAAAUAAAUGAAACACUCAUCCACGUGGUUGUCAAGAAUGAUCACCAAUUAUUAAAAUAUUUCCACCUCAUGUUGUGCUUCAUUGUUCAUAUGGGCAUACGACUUUGGUUCCUCUGCUGCUCCUACAUCAGUGAUCUAUGGAGAGCACUGGGCUUACCCACUUCCAAUGCUCUCAGCUUAUCAUUGCUUUUCAAAUUUGGACAGACAAAUGCAGAAUUCAAGCUUAACUAAGCCAUAAGCACCAGAAAAAGUCCCAGUUUUUAUUAAACCAGUGAAGUGGUUUGGUAGAAUUCCAAACUGUUCCAGCUCACUGUAGUAGUAACACUACAAAGACUGCCCCUUUCGUUUUAAUAAUGACCUAAUGAUUUGCAAUAAGCAAGUAAUUGUUUAUUCUGUGUUAUAAAAAAAAUAUUGGGUGUAUCGGGUUUUUUUUUUCCCUCUCGUGUUUUUCAAUUUCACAGCAGAUGUUUGUUUUUGCAGGUGUUAUUGGAUUGGAUGACGAAACUUGGGUACCACUCUGUUCUUUAUACCCUCUACUCCUCUUCUCCAAGAUGUCACAUAGAACUUAACACUGAAUUAUCAAUAGAAAGCAUCGGCAUUGUAAAGGACACACUAUUAAAUGUGGAACAAAUCCAUCAACCAUAAUUCUGGAUCAGUGAAGACUGAGUCAAAUAUCCUAUGGUUAAUGCCAACAGUCACAAAACUGAAAGCACUUUUGUUUUUUCCUUCAAUGACUGAAAGUUCUGAUUAAUUACAUGAUGGAAGACUGGGAGCUUUUCAACUGGGAAAAUUAUUUAUGUCCGUUGUUGGGAUGUGCAAUAGGAGUUCUAUGCAAACACCAGCUGUUGAUAAUUGAUGUCUGCCAAUUAUUUGUACCAACACAAGGACAUGUUUUUAUAAUGUUCCAGCACAUUUAUGUAUGAUGUGUUUUUCAUGCAGAACAGAAGUUAAAAUAAAACUGGAACAAUUCACAACAUGAAGUCUGGCUAUAUGGAUGCUUUAUUAAUAUAUAUUCCAUUAUGCCAAGAAGGAUGUAUUCUGUAUCAUUCGUCAUGGUUUUUAUUAACUAAAUAGUUGAUAGUGAAGAACUCAUGACAUUAGCAAAACUUUGGGUAGAAUAGGGGAGAUUAGAAGAAAGAGGG